CGCACAGCUUUCUGAUUGGACCUUUUUACCUACUAGUAGGCCAAUCUGUUAUUCGAACAAAAACUUUGACAGAUACAGAUUGGACCUCGCAUUUUAAACUGUUGCAAAACAUGUUAAAAUUCUUUAUCAGUGAAAUGAAGUGCAGAAGAGAAAAAAUGAAGUUAUCUUCGUCUAAGCUUCAGUCGUUGCUCGAUGUCGCCGAGAGAAUUGAUUUGCGUCUUCGAAGUCCAAAGACCAGAAAUCGCAUGAAAAUUUUUUAUCGCGGUUUUAGUAUGAGAGUAUGUGAUCUCUCCAUGCAAUCAACUGAUUUGGAAGAUUGUGAAUCGUCAUUCGAGGCUCAGUAUCAACCUCGGCCAUGUUACAACCAUCCUACUAAUGGAGGUUGUCCGCACGACGGUAUAGGGACAUAUAUCUGUUCACCUUCUUGCCUCCAUAAGAUUGGUUCUUGUGAUUGUUCAUAUAGUCACGAGUAUAGUAAAUUACGCAACACCUAG